AUGCGGAUGCGGAUGCAUUGUGCUUUGCUGCUGUUGGGUAUUAUAUUCAUAUUUGAAGUUUCCACCACUUCGACGACUGUGGACAAAUCUCAAGCGCUCAUCGGCGACAAGGCUGCUACGGCGACAAGACACUUGAGGUCUUACGACUUCGAUGAUGCUGAAGACGGCGAAGAGAGGGUCAAUAUUCCGGGACUGGCAACGGCUGCAGAGCUAACGUCGAAGAUCAAAAGUCCAUCUGCUCAAAAGCUGGCGAUGAAAAUGCGGCUUUCUUCGAAAGAUACUCCACACACUAUGUCAGGGUUUGGUAGUAGUCUCCAGAAUAGUAGCGUUAGUAGGCAUAUUAUGACUACUACUACUAUUACUACUACAAUAGCUCUGGGAUUGGGGCCAUUAGUAGUACUAUUUAUAUAG